AAUUUUGUUUUGUUUUGCGCGGUGGAAUAAAAUGUAUUCAUCCAACGAAAACAAAACAAAUGCUCUUCAUCGAUGUUGAGAAGUCUUCUUUGAGGGAAAGAGCAUAAGAUGUAGCCAUGGAGGACUGAUAACAGUUAUGUUGUUAGAUCGCUUGACUAAAGGACAGCAAAGUCCUCGCAAAUCCAUCUUCUCUGGCGAAAAAUUCGCUUCGUUUUCGCGCAAACCGCUCGCCAGAACAUUCUUCGACGAAGUGAAACUACGCACAUCCUUCCUCUUGGAGUCAACAGUUCUUCUCUGCAAUGGCGGAAAACGUCGGUGAAUUUGUUUACAACAAGAAGGACCUUAUAGGGCAUGGAGCUUUCGCUGUAGUUUUCAAAGGACAUCACAGAAAGAAGGAUGACUUUGUGGUGGCCAUCAAGGUGAUUGCGAAGAAAAAUAUUUCCAAGACUCAAAAUCUUCUAGCAAAGGAAAUCAAAAUUCUAAAGGAGCUCCAUCACGAAAAUGUCGUGUCGCUUUUUGACUGCCAGGAAACAUCCAACAAUGUCUUUCUUGUCAUGGAGUAUUGCAAUGGAGGAGAUCUUGCAGACUAUCUACGUGAGAAAGGAACCCUUAGUGAGGACACAAUUCAUAUAUUUCUACGACAGAUAGCCUUUGCCAUGUGCACCUUGCAGUCCAAAGGCGUGGUUCACAGAGAUCUAAAGCCACAGAACCUACUCCUGCAUCACUCUGGAACAACCACACCAUCACCCUCACAGAUCAAAAUAAAGAUUGCUGAUUUUGGGUUUGCAAGAUUUCUUCCUGGUGAAAUGAUGGCAGCUACAUUAUGUGGAUCUCCAAUGUACAUGGUGUGUGAAUUAAAUAGCUAUAUGACACUAACUCACUCAUCAAUGUUGAAUGUUAACCCAUUGUUUCUGUACAUUAUCAUUUCAGGUGAAUUCUUUGCUCAUCCCUUCUUGACUGGCAGAGCUCCUCACAAAGCAUCCACCCCAGUUGCCGUCCCAGUUCAUCAGCGGAAACACUCAGGUAGUCCCCAGGGAAUGAGGUCACCUUCUUAUUCACCAAACUAUGGCGCUGAAGCUUUGGGCGACAUAAGAGUUGAUCUGCUUCAUCGCAUAACUCCACCCUAUGACGCUACUGGCAUGUCCCCUCAGGACCCUCCCGCUGUCAUUAACAUCAGCUCCUCUGGGAACACCUCCAGUGCUCAGCUUAGUUCUCAAGGUGUUUACCCACCAAGCUCUACCCAGGAAGACGAGUUAGCCGCUGAGGGUUUCGUGCUUGUUCCAUCCAAUCCAGAGACUCCUAGAUUUCAACAGCAGAGAAACCCCUCAGACCCGCUGUUCCCAUUCUACGGCCAAUCACCCCCGAGGAGCAGCAACAGCCCCUAUUCGCCGUCUCCUCCAUUAUCUCGCACUCCUCAAAGAGCCACUUUCACCGUGGGUUCACCCUAUUCGACAUCGCCAACAUCACCCACUUCUCCUCUGGCACUCCCCCUACCCUUUCACAGCCCAACUUCGUCUCCAUCGUCAGCAGACUCCCCUCCAGUUGAAAUGCGUAUGAGAAGACGAACAAAUUCUUCUCCGGGACCAGCACCAAGCAGUCAGCCAUUUUCGUCACCACUGCCUAUUCCAAGAUCCAACACUGCUGGAGGCUUCGGGAAGCAGGCUUCCUCUAGGAAAUCCCCAUCUCCCACCUACUAUGGUGCAGCCGCUGCCGCAAGAAAGCAGAGAGGUGGCACUCCCACCAAGCCGUCCGUUGGCAAGAGCCCGACAAGCAGUCCCGGUCCAUUGAAGGAAAGUAGUCCUGUGACACAGAAACAAGUAGCGCAGUUCAUACCCAAGGGAUCUCCUACGCCACUCACCGCUGCUGCCCAAGCGAUAAACGAGCAAGUGAAGGGAUCUGAUAUGCCUGCAGGUCUAAAUCAGCCAGCAUUUACGGGAUUUUCAAACACGAGCGCUAACAAGGAGCUUGCACGCCCAGCAACGCGUACCAUUCGAAGAGCCCUGUCAAAUAUUGAGCCUUUGGUUUCUAGGCCGCCAGACAGCUCCCCACUCCUGACCGCUCUGGCACGUCAAUCAAAUGCAGGCAUAGGUGUACCAAUAACGGACCUCUCUGAACCAGGAGCUGAAGACAAACAGAUCAUACGCGUGCAUAGCUCGCCGGCCAUCUUAGCAAUGGGCCUACCCAGGAAGGGAAGCUUGUUAACAGCACCUGGGUUCCAACUUGGGACAGGAACCUCUUCUCCCACCUUCCGCCGGCAUUCGGGCGGAGGAUACACGCCUCUAAGAGGAAAGAGUCCGCCACUGUCGUCUUCACCCACUGGCCUUCCUACCAUACCUGGGUCGCCAACCAAGACGUCUCACAGCAAGGAAUUCAAAGAUGCAGCUGUCGAUCAGGAUCAGGAGAUGAAGCCUUUGAAGGGACUGUUCACUGUAGGGUCUUCUUCACCCAGGAGUGGCGAAAAUGGCAUUCUGUUUGGAUCCCACCCCGGGAGGCUGUUGGAAAACUCAAACAAGAACACUGGAGAGAAACCUGCCGUUGUGAGUCAAGGCACUAAAGUUACCCUGGGAUUUGGAAACAACUCUCCUCCCAAGAACCCCAAGCAGCAGCUUAUGGUUGCCCAGGAAACCGAGGCCUCUUCACCUGACAUGGAAGGUCCUAUAGCUCUUAUAGCUCCUGAAUUGCCGGAGGACACACUCUUGGAUGCGGAGCAUACAGAGGGUGUAAGGAAACUCAACUUUGUUUUGUUGCUGACAGAUGCUAUUCUUGAAGUAAACAGUGCUAGGGGAACUCCAUUCACAGUCCUGGCAGAUUCUGUGGCCAUCAAACAAAAUGAAAGCUUCCUCGCAGACCAGAUUGGAUUGAAAAGCGACGAGUUAAGGAAAAUGGAACAGCUCGUUCUGUAUGUAAAAGCUCUCCGUGCUCUCAAUCUUUCUCUGCUGUUUGCGCAAGGAGAAAUCCGAGUUGGACAUUUAAAACCAUCAAAUGCAGUCAAGAAUGUUUUAAACGACUUGAACAACCGUUAUCACCAGUGCCUCGAGAAGGCGUCACAACUAAAGCAGCUCAUUGAACCAGGAUUGCAAACUCUCGAUGGAAAAGCCAUGACGGUCAGUGCAGACAGACUGAUGUACCACUAUGCGAUGGAACAGUGCCAGAAUGCUGCCCUGGAUGAGCUGUUUGGUAAUCCAAAAGAGUGUAAGGUGAAGUACGAGACAGCCCAGGUUUUGCUUCAAGGUCUCGAGGAAGACGCGCAUACUGACGAUGAUCGGCGUCUUUUGCAGAAAUAUAAAAUUGCUUACCAGACAUCGCUGAGUCGAUUCGAAAAAGAUAAAACUUACGGAAGAGACGUUUGUUCGCAAGCAAGCUGCCUUUUAAGAGUCAAACUUUCCUUGAGUUCGUAG